AUGGAUCGUAAAUCUCGUACCUCACGUUCCGCUACGUUAGACGAUACGAACGAAGAAGUUAGUUUAUGGAAGCAAAUAUGUAACGCUUUAGCAAAGCUAGAAGUUAUUCAGAAGGAAACGUCUGCUGUAGUAACAAGUAUCAAUAGUAUUCAUACUGCAGUCAAUUUUAAUGAGGAAAUUCCAACAUCUAUUGCGAGCAGAUUAAUGGAAUAUUAUAGAGGUGGCAUUGAUCUAUCCCACAGUGAAGCCAAAACAAUCCAUGAUAUCAUUGAAAAGGUAUCAGUGCUUGUUGCAUUAAGGGACGCGUCAGAUAGCAAUUCGACUGGAAUACUAUCCCACGGCACAUCAGUUGCUGCUAGGCAACCAAAGCAAAAGGACAAAAAUGAAGAAUGGAUUUUAGCUGUAGUCAUUAGCUACCAUACAGAAAAAAACAAAUAUCAAGUCGAAGACGUCGACCAAGACGACUAUGGCCAAAAACAACGAUACAUGCUACAACCCCGAAACGUUAUUCCAAUUCCAGACGCAGACGAAGCCAGAAACUACACAGAAUUGAAUCCGGGUCAAGACAUAUUAGCGCUCUAUCCUGGUACAACAUGCUUUUAUAGGGCCAAAGUUAUUGCGGCACCCACAAAAGUAAGUAACAAUGAUUUUUUUUUUUUUUUGGCGGUUAAAUGUUAAUGAUCUAUUAUUAGAACAAAGAACCUACUUAUGUGGG